AUGUCACAAGAUUUACCCCCUACCGGAGGAUACGGUCCCAUUCAAUAUCGGCGAAACCUUCCCCCGCGUGGAUUUCGUCCCUCCUUUUACAUUUUUGCCACGCUUGCGAUAUGCUCUUGGGGUUUCUAUAGAGUCAUCGACGGCAAUCAAGAGAAGCGUGAAUUGCUACGUGAGAAACGAUGGGCUCGCAUUCAUCUAACGCCAGUACUACAAGCGGAAGAGGAUCGGGAUAUGGUCCGAAGAGUUUGGGCAGGCGAGCGCCGAGAAGAGCUGCUAAUGCAGGACGUGAAAGAUUGGAAGUUCGGCAGUGUCUACAAUUCCAACAGAUUCGUGCGACCUACAUUCGUGCCAACCCCCUCCCAAGUUACCGCCGGUCGGCCUCCUCACGUUGUUCGCGAAACCGGUGAUAAUUAA